CAUUCAGUAAAGCGAACUAAGCUUGAGGCAGUUUUAUCUUAACGAUGGAUAGCGGUGUUGGACUUGUGCUGUUGAUGGUAUUGGCGGUGAGCUCCAUGUUCUCCGUCGUGGAGGGCUUCAAGCCAUCGGGAUGGACGAAGGCCACCGCGACGUUCUACGGCGGAAGCGACGCCUCGGGAACGAUGGGUGGAGCUUGCGGGUACGGCAAUCUGUACUCGACCGGGUACGGCACCAGGACGGCAGCUCUGAGCACGGCCUUGUUCGGCGACGGCGCAGCGUGCGGGCAGUGCUACAAGAUCAUCUGCGACUACAGGGCGGACCCGCGGUGGUGCCUCAAGGGCGUGUCGGUGACGAUCACGGCCACCAACUUCUGCCCCCCGAACUACGCCCUCCCCAACGACGACGGGGGGUGGUGCAACCCUCCUCGCCAGCACUUCGACAUGGCGCAGCCAGCAUGGGAGAAGAUCGGCAUCUACCGCGGAGGAAUCGUGCCGGUGAUGUUCCAGAGGGUCCCGUGCAAGAAACAUGGUGGCGUGAGGUUCACCAUCAACGGGCUCGACUACUUCGAACUGGUUCUCGUCAGCAACGUCGCUGGCCCUGGAUCGGUCCAGUCCAUGUCCGUCAAGGGAUCCAAAACCGGGUGGCUGCCGAUGUCCAGGAACUGGGGCGCCAACUGGCAAUCCAAUGCCUAUCUCAAUGGCCAGCCUCUUUCCUUCAGAGUCACCACCACGGACGGGCAGACGCUGGUCUUCAGUGACAUCGUUCCGUCUAACUGGGGAUUUGGGCAGACCUUCUCCAGCCGCUUGCAGUUCAGCUGAAAGGCUGGGAAGCUUCCGAGUCUAAGAUUUAGGUUGGCUGCGGCAUGCGAAAUAUUUUGCUCGACUUGCCCGCCGUCCUGCGAAGUACGUGUGUUGUGGAUCGAAGCUGUCGCUUGAAGCAUUAAGAGGAGGUUAUCUUGCUCGCUUCUCUUUGAAGAUUAAGAGAACGUCAAUGGCAUUGCUUUUGCUGUGAAAUAAA